UACAUGCAAAAUAGCUCCAAAUGUAAAUCUUUGCAAAUGAAAACAUUUUGAAAAUAAACUUGAGCAAUCCUAAAAUUCAUUAAAUGUAAAAAUGGAUUUUCUUGUUUUUAAUGUAGAAUAAUUUCAACUUAUUUUUUUUAUUUGCAGAAAUAAUACAACAACCAAAUAUUGUACAAAAGGUAAAAACAUUCAAUUGAAUACAUGAACAGAGAAGUUUCUUUGACAUGAUCAGAACUUUUAAAAAAGCAAAUGACAAAAGUUUACUGUAGUAAAAUGUUUCAGUUUUUGAUUUUUGCACAUUUGCAGCCAUGAAGGUUUGACGGGAAUCUGACGUGGACGGAACCAGAGCAAGAAAGAAACGCGAACGAGAGGCGCAGGUCUCCGAGUGUCGGGUCUCCGGUCUCCGGUCUCGGGACUCGGGACUCGGGUCUCCGGGGCUGCUUGGCGGCUGCAUUGGCGCUUUCUUCUCUUUAUGGCCGACAAGAAGCCGUCCAAAGUCCACCGAAGUCGGUCCGAUAAGCCGAACCAAUAAAAGCCUCGGCAGCCUCGCAGAGUAAACACCUCAACUUGGCAUCGGGCCUCCUCCUCUUUCUUCUCCUCCUCCUCCUCUUCGUUUUUCUCCUUUUCCUCCUCCUCCUCCUCCUCCUCCUGCUUCUUCUCCUUCUCGCCGUUGUUGUUGUCGUUCUGUUCGGCGUCAUUUCCAUAAAGCCCCCCCAUCAGCCGGCCCCCUCAUUAGCAUCUUUUAUAUCCCCGAGCCUGGCGGCGGCAUGACGGCAAAGUAGAUCCAUCGCGGUCGCCGUCCCUCGAACAGGUGUCACCACCGGACGCCGACCUACAAGGCCGGACGGAACUUUUCUUUUUCUUUUUUUUUUUCUACUUCUUCUUCUUUUUAAUGUUCUCCAACAUGGUGUCCAAGCUGACGUCCCUGCAGCAGGAGCUCCUGAGCGCCCUGCUGGACUCCGGACUCACCAGGGAGGUUCUGAUCCAGGCGCUGGACGACCUGGACCCCGGGGCGGUCGUGCAGGCCUUCGGCGUCAAGCCGGAGAGGCCCGCGCGGUCGCCCCGCGACGUCGACGCCAAGCCGGUCUUCCAGUCUCUGAGCGACGGGCCGCACCACGGCAAGGCCGCCGCCAAACUGUCCGGCGACGAGGGCUCGGAGGACGGCGACGACUUCGACACGCCGCCCAUCCUCAAGGAGCUGCAGUCGCUCAACACCGAGGAGGCGGCCGAGCAGCGCGCGGAGGUCGAUCGCAUGCUGGCGGAGGACCCGUGGCGCGCGGCGCGCAUGAUUAAAGGCUACAUGCAGCAGCACAACAUCCCGCAGCGCGAAGUGGUGGACGUGACGGGUCUCAACCAGUCGCACCUGUCGCAGCACCUCAACAAGGGCACGCCCAUGAAGACCCAGAAGCGCGCCGCCCUCUACACCUGGUACGUGCGCAAGCAGCGGGAGAUCCUCAGACAGUUCAACCAGGCGGCGCAAGGUUCUGCCGGCGGUCUGGCCGACAAAGCCAAUCAGGAUCAGGUGUUCUUUUUCCCGGAGUUCAACCCGUCCGGCCAGGGCUUGGCCCACCCCGGCGGCGGCGGCGGCGACGAGGUCGGCGGCGAGCCCUCCUCCAAGAAAAUGAGGCGGAACCGAUUCAAGUGGGGGCCCGCCUCGCAGCAGAUCCUCUACCAGGCCUACGAGCGGCAGAAGAACCCCAGCAAGGAGGAGCGGGAGGCGCUGGUCGAGGAGUGCAACAGGGCCGAGUGCCUCCAGAGGGGCGUGUCGCCGUCCAAAGCGCAGGGCCUGGGCUCCAACCUGGUGACGGAGGUGCGCGUCUACAACUGGUUCGCCAACCGACGCAAGGAGGAGGCCUUCCGCCAGAAGCUGGCCAUGGACGCCUACAGCACGCCGCCCUCGCACGCCAUCAACCCGCUGCUCUCGCACGGCUCGCCGCACCACCCCCAGGCCGGCGCGUCACCCCCAAUGCGGUACAGCCAAGGCCCCGGCGAGGUGACGUCGUCCACUAGCAUUAGCCACCACGCUAGCAGCGGCAUGGCCACCAGCCAGUCGGUCCUCCAGCAGGUGUCUCCGGGGGGACUGGACCCGAGCCACAGUUUGCUGUCACCCGACGCCAAGAUGAUUCCGGGCUCGGGCGGCGGCCUGCCUCCCGUCAGCACGCUGACCAACAUCCACAGCUCGCAUCACAGCCACCAGCAGACGCAGAACCUCAUCAUGCCCCUCUCGGGCGUCAUGGCCAUCGCGCAAAGUCUGAACACGUCGCAGUCUCAGUCGGUUCCGGUGAUCAACAGCGUGGCGGGCGGCCUGGCGGCGCUGCAGCCCGUCCAGUUCUCGCAGCAGCUCCACAGCCCCCACCAGGCGCAGAGCCUCAUGCAGCAGUCGCCCGGCGCCCACAUGGGCCAGCAGCCCUUCAUGGCCGCCGUCACGCACUCGCACAUGUACCCCCACAAGCAGGAGCCGCCGCAGUACUCGCACCCGUCGCGCUUCCCGUCGGCCAUGGUGGUGACGGACGCCAACGGCAUCGGCGCGCUCGGCUCCAUGUCGGCCGGCAAGACGGAGGCUCCGGUAAACAAGAUGGUGCAACUCGGGGGUCUCUCCUGGUGUCCUCUUCAAGCGUGGUGAGAGCGUACGCCCCCUGACCUCCUCGCUGCCCGGCGACCCCAGCGGAUUUUUGAGGCACACCCGCGUCGGAACGGACCGGAGCGGAGCGCCCGCCGGGCGAGCGUCGGGGCCCCCCGCCGCCGUCGUCCGGCGCCGUCACAUGAUCAAGCGGGCGACGUGGGAUUGGUUUUUCACCGUCCGUGACGUCACACGUACUUCCGGGUGGCACGAGACCAACGUUUUCCCUACCGGACGAAUCCGAGCAGGGAAGUAACAACGAGGCGCUCUAAAGCACUCAUGCCGGCUUGCUAGCGAAACGCGCUAACGGUACACCGAAGAGUAAAAAGCGGUAAACCGCACCUGCGACCGUUCCCGGUCUGUACGGCAGUGGUGUCAAACCCCUGGCCCGGGGGCCCACAUCCAGUCUGCCACAUCAUUUUAUCCGGCCCGCAAAAGUCAAUCACGUGCAUCCAUGUUUUUUUUUUUUUUUUUGUGUGUGUGUGAAAAUAUCAAAAUUAUAUUGCAAGCCUUUUUGUGUGUCACCAAUAACCAUUUUGAAAUUUGUUGAUUUCCGACGACGCCACCACAGUCCCGGGAUUCGCUUGUCCGCCAUCUUGUGUGUCACUGCCGGCAAUUUAUUCACUUCUGAUUUCAAAAUGAGUUAUAUAUGUGCGAUAAUUCAACGAUUGAGGUGUCCAUUCAUCACUCGCGUGCGACAAAAAUGAUUUUGAUACCCCUGUUUGAUUGUCGGGGGGGGGGGGGGGGGAUAUUUUGGCCUUUAGCUAGCGGCACCAGUUUCCCGUCAUCGUUUCAGUUCGGUCGUCACUCACGUUCUGCCACCCGAAAGUACCUUUUUGUUGACUUUUUGUUUACAAACAUAGGAAAAAGUGGAAAAGGGGCUUUUUCGCCUCCCAGAGCCGCGUUUCGACGCGACGCGUCCGCACCGCGAAAAGCAAUUUUGGACCGCGCGACAAUCCCGACGCUUGACGAUCGCCAUCACAAAGUCUUCCUGUUUGUCUUUGGCGCUCACCUGUGUGUGUGUGUGUGUAUAUACUGUGAUUUUUAUUUUUAUUUUUUUUGACAAUCUUCAAAGGACUAUGCAAAGGUUUAGCACAGGAAAAUGAGAAUAAAGAAAUAUGAUAUUGGCGUGGCAAAGAAACGAGACUGCGGCAGACCGUUUCAUUCUGGAUGCACUACGCGGGUGACGGCACAAGCAUUUUGGAUUUUGUAUUUUUUUUUUUUUUGGUAUAUUAUUGUUCGCGCAACGCUGCCUUACAGGAGAAAGAAAACGGAAGGCCGACGUAGACAAGAAUUUGCCCCUCGUCGUCCGUGUUUCGAUAUGAAUAUAAACAUAAAUGGCAGGAAUCGUCCCGACACCCGACAGUAUUAGACAUUCCCGUGGAAACAUUAGGUCACGUGACGUCGGUGGCGCUCGACGCGUUCUUGACUGUUG